CUGAACCAAACGUCACCACAAACCAAACAGCUGCUGCUGAGCCGUCAAUCUCCCUAGCGACAUAAUAAAUCAAUGGGAUGCAGUCCGCGAUAUCCUACCAAUCAUAAUACGCCAUAAACCACAUGAAACUGCCCGCUUAACGUGGGAGAAGCGCAGCUCUCUCCCCUCUCUCGCUAACAAUGACGCGCCGAACCUACAACAUCGCCAUGGUUAGCGAUUUCUUCUUCCCGCAACCAGGAGGCAUCGAAUCACAUAUAUAUCAGUUAUCUAGCAAGCUGAUAGACCGCGGUCACAAAGUUAUCAUCAUCACGCACGCCUAUGGCGACCGCAAAGGCGUCCGCUACCUCACCAACGGCCUAAAGGUCUACCACGUCCCGUUCCUCGUCAUCUACCGCCAAGCGACAUUCCCGACCGUAUUCUCCUUCUUCCCGACGUUCCGAAAUAUUUGUAUUAGAGAGCAGAUCGAAAUUGUACACGGCCAUGCUAGUCUUAGUAGUCUAUGCCACGAAAGCAUCUUGCAUGCCCGUGCCAUGGGCCUCCGCACAGUCUUCACAGAUCACUCGUUAUUUGGCUUCGCAGAUGCGGCGAGUAUUCUGACAAAUAAGCUGUUGAAAUUCAUCCUCAGCGAUGUAGACCACAGUAUCUGUGUGAGCCACACAUGUAAGGAGAAUACUGUGCUCCGCGCCUCUCUAGAUCCUCUCAUGGUCUCCGUCAUCCCGAACGCCGUUGUUGCCGAAAACUUUCGUCCUCGAAACUAUCCAUUAUCGCCAAAAAACGGAACAUCGUUUGGCUACGAGCCCGUCCCACAGCGAUUGGGACCAGACGACAUGAUUACCAUUGUGGUCAUCUCGCGCUUAUUCUACAACAAAGGAACAGAUCUUCUUACUGCUGCCAUACCCCGGAUCUUAGAGAACCAUCCGAAUACCCGAUUUAUUAUCGCCGGCUCAGGUCCCAAGGCCAUUGACCUGGAGCAAAUGAUCGAGACCAAUGUCUUGCAAGACCGCGUCGAGAUGCUGGGACCUAUACGACAUGAAGAUGUUCGAGACGUCAUGAUCCGCGGCCAUAUAUAUCUUCAUCCAUCGCUUACAGAGGCGUUCGGUACUGUGAUUGUCGAAGCUGCCAGCUGUGGUCUCUAUGUUGUCUGCACACAAGUUGGUGGCAUCCCAGAGGUGUUGCCAUCACACAUGACAACGUUCGCCAAGCCUGAAGAAGAUGACUUGGUAGUUGCAACCGGAAAGGCCAUCACAGCCGUCAGAGCCGGCAAGAUCCGAACCGAAAAGUUCCACGACGAGGUCAAAAAGAUGUACUCGUGGUCCAACGUUGCCCUACGUACUGAGCGAGUGUACGAUGGUAUCACCGGCACUAUCAGCGAGGAAGAUUUCUAUGGCUUCGACACUGGGGGCUUCAACGGCAGCCGCAUUCGUGGUUUUGCACUAAUUGACAGACUAAAGCGAUACUAUGGCUGUGGAAUCUGGGCAGGCAAACUGUUUUGUCUAUGUGUCGUCAUCGAUUAUCUCUUUUUCUUGCUUCUUGAAUGGUGGUUUCCUCGAGAGAACAUCGACAUAUGCCCCGACUGGCCAAGGAAGUACAUCGGCGACAGUGAGGGCCGUGAUCCAAAGAAGGAAGCUUUACAGAAAAGAUCUAGCUGGUCGCAGCCUAAGCCGACGGCUUAGUCGCUAGCCAUUAACACAACCUCGACACCUUUUUACAUGAUUUAGACAACAGUACACAUCUGAGAAGCAGCGCGGCGUUUAAGGAGUUUGAACUCUCUUAAUUAUAAUUUGGAUUUCAUAAAUAGUGUUACAUAUGUCAUUGUUGAUUAAAUGGGCAGCUAGAAUUUCUAUAUUCAACUACGCCGUAGUAUUCGUUACAAGACGUGAUGCUGUUCCGCAAGCAAAGCCGUGGUUUUUAGUUUCGCGCACUAACACGUCUUCUCUUCGGAGCCUGUGUCUCUGUAUUUGCUUCACCUGUCUCCUCAUCUUCUUCCUCAACAGUGUCGUCGGCUCCAGACGGUGCUGGAGGUGCGCGAUCUUUCUCUGCUGCGCGCAAGUCUGAGAGUAGCUUUUCCACUUCUACAAACAUGCCCUGGGUGUUUCUCACAACACCGUUCUCGUCGACCUCGUAGCCCAGCGCUUCUUCUUCUUCUUCCUGGGAACGUUUCAUAAACGCUGGUCCAAAGCCACGAUCAGGAUCAGGAUUGUACAUGAUGGCAUUACAGAACAUGUGAACAAGCUCGCGCUCUAGUUGCGCGCUGUUGAUAAUGGCUCGAGGAGGGACUAGGUCCUCCGACGUUGGAAGCCACACAUUUGUGGUGCCAGGAUCACCACCAGGAAGACUGGUCGCUGCUUGCGUGGCAGCCUUAUUGCCAUGCUUGAUAGCAGCGCGAAUAGACGUUAUAUCCUGUGGUUGGAGUACAACUUGGCGGUAGUUAGGCGCAUCCCGCUCACGGAGAGCCGUCGCAAACAUGUUAGCAUCGCGGUGGCUUGAGAUCUGGUCCAGUGCUGACGAGGACACUUUAGUAAAGCCUCUGGUCCAGAGCACGUGCGUGGGCGCUACGGCAGGCUCACUGGGUGUCUCGUUUCGCUUGCGCUUAUAGCUACGGCCAGCAGGUGUGCCCCGGCGAGUGCGGCCAUGUACGCUCUCAUCGGCUGUUGUGUCGCCCGCGUCGUCGUGCGGCUUAGGUGUGAGUCUCUCGUGCUUGAUCGUGUUUUCGGCGGUUUCAUCGGGCUGUGGUGUUGCCGAAGGACUGCGUGUAGCGCUGACUCCCCGACCCCUCAGACUGCUACGAGAACCUCGCGCGCGACCUGACGAUUCUGUUUUAAGUCGAGGGUUGUCUCUAGUUGAGACUCUCGACGAGGCACGCGAGGGACCAGUACGUUGUGGUGGGCUAACAGGCUCGAAUGCUGGGCUCUCGGGUUCUUCCAGAAUCGGUCGAGGCGUUGAUGGAGUUGAAGUAGAGGCCCAUUUUGUGCCCAAUCCUCUGAAGAGUGGUGCCAUGGGGCUAGAGGGGGUGGGAGUUUGGGGCCCGGAAGCGGUAGGUUGCGCUUUCUUGGUUGGUGUUGGUGUUCCGGCAGCUUGUCUAAUCAUAUGCUCUGGGAGUGCUGGUCGAGGUUGGCUAGCGUUGUAGGGCGACGCCUGUAGGUGCGCAUUAUCAUCUAGACUUGGGAGAGGUGUUGAGAUGUUUGAACGAGUAGCUUGCGUUGGCGGGUGUAAUCUAGGGGUGGCGGAAAGAGUUUGAGUAGCGGGACUGGAAGGUUGGGCGGGAGAUGGAGACAGAGCGGCUCGCACAGCGUCGGGAAUAGGCGUGGGCUGGAUCGCACGUCCUUGGGAGGAGUUUGUGACUGGCGGUUUCGAUUGGAUGGGGACGGGGUUUGAUGACGGAGUAGCAGCUUGAUUAGGAUGUGGUGCGGCCGCAAGAGGUUUGCCAGGAAUUGGUCGAGGCUGUCCGCUUUGCGCGCUGGAUAGCGGAGAUUGCGACUGAGGGACUCGCUGACCAGGCCGCUGAGCAUGAAUGCCCCCAGGUGCCGGUUGUAACGGCUGCGUUCCUGGUGUAGGAGAUUGGCCGGCAAGCUGAGGAGAAUAAGGUCGUUCCCAUUUGAGUCCCUGGCCAUCAACAGAAGGAUCUGGUUUCGGUGAUAGGAUCGGCUUCCCUGAUUGAAGCGCCGGUUUCAAGUUCUGAUGCCCGGCAAGUGGCGGCGGUGCCACAGCACCAGUUUUUGGUGAUGCAGACGAUCGAAUUGCAGGAUUGCCGUGUUGCAGAUGGCUGGGAGUUGUUGCACCUGGUGAGGGGAUACCUCCGGGAGGCAGCUUAGAUGAAGCCAACGGAGGGCCGCGUUUGAUUCCGGCCAAAACGGCAGCCGUUGGGCCGGGUGAUGGAGAUGGGCUAUUAGACCCUGCAGACUUCACCUCUCUUGGUGCUAGUACUGGGGUGCCGGACUGGCUGGCGGAUCGGGCUAAUCUUUCCUUUUCACUUCGUUCCAGGAGCUGGAUAUCCUUUUGCACGGCCUCAAACUUGCGUUCAUCUUCUCGAAUUUCCUUGACGACAUGAUCGCGAUAUCGCGCAUAUAGUCUUUCAACUAGCAAGGGCACCUUAUCGAUGUAUUGAAUCGCAUCCUUGAGCGUCGGCAAAGGCGGGCUGCCGGCCUUGCGCUUCUUCUGAUUCGGGACUGUGAUGCCUUCAGAGCUAUCCUGCCGCUCCGACUCACUUUUGAGCUCUUCGCCCAGCAGCAGCAGGAAGAGCUGCUGCAGUGCCUCGGGAGUGAAUCGAGCAGCGUCGUACGUAGCGCCGCCCUUGAUCAGAGCAUUGUUCUUGAGGAGUUCGGAGAUGCGAAGAAACGCGUUGGUAUCGACGCCAUGGGCUAGUAGUGACUGGAAUAGGAACAGCGACUCAAGGGGAGUGUAGACUGUAGGCUUGUUCAUUCCCUUGGGCCCUCCUCGCCAGCGCUGGAGGGGGCCGUCGCGAGUCGCAAGAUAUUGAAGGGGCGCCAGGGUGUCGAUGGGUUCCUGCUGCGUCAGGAGGUGAUUAUCGCGAAUGCGGAGGAAGGUUCAUCAACGAAGCGCAGUCGUUGGUGUGUGCGGAACUGGCUAUUAUCGAGAGUAAAUUUCUAAGUAUUAAUUACUUUUUUUUUCUUAGAUCGACCGAUGAUGAGAUGAUGGGCUAAUGCAAAUGUUGGACUAUUUUUUCCAAGUCACCUCACCACGGUCGCGUCACAACUUU